AUGAAAUUCUUGACUUGCCUUGCUCUUCUUGUUACCUCGAUUGCUUCUGUGUCGGCGCACACCACUAUGGGUUAUCCAUUACCAAGAGGACAUCCAAAUAACCCAAAUGCCGCAACAAAAGACUACAACUGUCUCACGACACCACUCAACGGAGGUCCUGGCUGUGCACCAAAGGCGUUUCCAUGCGGUGGCUACCCACAAGACACCAAAAUCACACAAACCUUUAAGGCUGGCGACGUAAUAGACGUCAAAUUCUGGAAUCCAAACUUUCCAAAUGGUCCUCAGCCAGGCGAUGAAUCAAAAAACCAAGCACGUCAUAAUGGUGGUCUCUGUGAAUUUGCGCUAUCGUAUGAUGGUGGUCAGACGUACACUGUUAUUGGCACUUAUCAUCAAACUUGCCCGGAUAUCUUUUACUCUUGGAAAGUGAAAAUUCCAGACGCUGCACCAUCAUGUGAUACUCCCGGGAAAUGUAUUUUCUCGUGGUCGUGGAUUAAUGCUUUAGGAAAUCGUGAAUUCUAUCAAAAUUGUGCUGAUGUCAAAAUUGUUGGAACUUCGACUAAGCCAUUGCCAAUUAUCGAUAUUACCCGUUCUAAUUUGCCGGGAACUUUCUCGGGAGAAAUGACUCCGCCUGGUGAUCCAAGUAACAAUGGUAACGCAAAAGGAUCUGGACCAUCAAGUUCUGACACCUCAGCUAAUCUAGCACUGACGAUUGGUGGAAGUGGUGGAGGAAGUAGUAGCGAUAGUGGAAGUGGAAAUAGUGGUGACAAAAGUAGUAGUGACAAAAGCGGAUCAUGCACAGACGAAGGAAAAGAUUCAUGUGCUUCUGAUAAAAGUGGCUCCUAUAGAACAUGCGUCAAUGGUAAAGUAGUCACCCGACAAUGUCCUGGCGGUACUGUGUGUCAUGCUUCCGGAGAUUCAAUACAUUGUGGAACUGCAUCGCGAAAAAUUUAA